AAGAAGUCAUCAAGGAAGCCACAGAAGAAAAAAUACACCAAGCCGCUAGAUGUCGUCUUCAACUCCCCGUUCUUCAAUCACGAGAAGCCGUGCGACGAAAAGCUGGAUCACAGACGGAAGACCGGAUACAUCAGUUGUUCUGUUUGCCAGGAAGACUUCCAGACAACUAUCAAUGCUCUCUCCGAAGCAAUUGACGUCUAUGGGGAUUGGAUUGAUGCCUGUGAGGCUGUCAAUGACUGA